AUGAGACAAAAGCGUGCUAAAUCAUAUAAGAAACAAAUGAGUGUUUAUACUAAUACAUUUAAAUUUCGUACACCAUUUCAAGUAAUUAUAGAUCCUGAAAUUCUAAUCACCACAAAUUCCCAAUCAUUUGAUAUUCUUAAAGGACUUGCACGUACAAUUCAAUCAGAAUCUAAACCAAUGAUAACACAAUGUUGUAUUGAACUGAUUUAUCAAACUAAAAAUCAAGAAUUAAUUGAUUUUGCUAAAAGUUUUGAAAGAAGAAAAUGUAAUCAUAAAGAAAUUAUAAAUCCAUCAGAUUGUAUUGAACUGAUUGUUAAUAUUAAUGGAGAAAAUAAACAUAGAUAUAUUAUAGCUAGUCAAGAUUUAAAUUUAAGAAAAAAAUUAAGAAAAAUUCCUGGAAUUCCUUUAAUUUAUAUGAAUAGAUCAGUUAUGGUUAUGGAACCAUUAAGUGAUGCAAGUAAAAAAUAUAAUGAAAAUAUUGAAAAUUUAAAAUUAACUGCUGGUUUAAAUUCAAAAGAUGCUGGGAAAUUAGAUGAAAUUAAAAAUAUACAAGAGAAAAUUGGAGAAAAUGGAGAUGAUGUAAAAAAGAGUAAAAAGAGAAAAGGUCCAAAAGAACCAAAUCCUUUAAGUGUAAAGAAAAAGAAGAAGGUUGUAAAUAAUGAUGAAUCACAAGAAAAGAAAAAGAAACCAAAUAGAAGAAGAAAACAUAAAAAGAGUGGUGAUGGAAUUGAUAAUGAGGAUGAUGGUAAAGAUGAAAAAAUUGGACAAGUUGAAUCAAAACCAGAGGAAGAAGUUGAAUCGAGACCAGAGGCAGAAGUUGAAUCAAAAGUAGAUGUCGAAAAUUCUGAAUAA